AUGGCGUCGGCGGAGCAGGAGGCGGCGGUCGCCGCGGCCGUCGUGGAGGACGUGAUGCGGCAGCAGGGCGGAGGAUGCGGCAGCACAGGAGGAGGAGAUACGGUUGGGUCCUGGAGGAACAUCGACAUUGCCUGUCGCAAGGCGGAGGAAGCUGCAAUAAGAAGGUAUGAGGCAGCCAACUGGUUGCGAAGGAUAGUUGGGGUAGUGUGUGCGAAGGACCUUGCAGAAGAGCCUUCCGAGGAGGAAUUCCGUGUUGGCCUGAGAAAUGGCAUUAUUCUCUGCAAUGCACUCAAUAAGAUUCAACCUGGUGCGGUGCCCAAGGUUGUGGAGGUGCCAUCGGAUUCUACUGUCCCUGCCGAUGGUACAGCUCUCUGUGCAUAUCAGUACUUUGAGAAUGUGAGGAAUUUCCUCAUUGGCCUGCAAGAUUUAGGUCUUCCAACAUUUGAGGCAUCAGACCUGGAAAAGGGUGGACAAGGUGUUCGAGUUGUAGACUGUGUUCUUGCUCUGAAGUUAUUUUGUGAUGCUAAGCAAGUGGGAAAACAAUCUCCAUUCAAAUAUGGUGGCAUUGUAAAGCCUUUGUCUGGAAAGUAUGUCAUUCGCAGGAAUAAUGAACCUUUUACGAAGGUGAUGAUGAGGAGUCACUCAGCUGAAUUACUCCGAGAUGGCAUAUCACUGGAGCAAAUAGGUCUUGAUUUUUCCCUAGAACCCACUGAAACAACUACUCCAGACUCCAUCCGGAUGCUUGUUCAAACAGUUCUCUCAGAUAAGAAACCAGAUGAAAUUCCAUCAGUUGUAGAAUCACUCCUGAGCAAAGUAAUUAAUGAAUUUGAGCGCCGUGCUGCAAGCCAGAGUGAAUUGGUAUAUUCAAUUAUGGAACAGGUGAAAGACACUAUGGAUACCAAUGACCGUAACUCAGUUUUGAGAAUGGACUCUCCGUUUGACACCAAUGAUAGUAAGUCAUUAUCCAGAGUGGACUCUCCACAAGUGGAGUCUACUUCCUGCAGUGAUCUGGAGAAGGCCACUGAAAAUAUGAAGAUGGAUGAAGAUAAGCUGAAUGCAUUGAGUGUGACGGAAGAUGUAAGCACAUUAGUACCUGUACCACGAAGCAAUGAUAAUGUAAAUAAAAAUACGCCAAAGCCAGUGAGAAAUUUUGAUAAAGAACAGAAACAGAUCCAGGAUUUGAAAAGUAACAUGUCCACUGUUAAGUCUUGCAUGGAGCAGUUAAAACUGCUAUACUCUGAAGACCUUAAAAAGCUUGGUGAUCAUUUGCGUAUUGUUUCUCACGCGGCUUCUGGAUACCGUAAGGUUGUUGAGGAAAACCGCAAGCUUUACAACCAAAUACAAGACCUUAGAGGAAAUAUCAGAGUUUAUUGUCGAGUGAGACCUUUCCUUCCUGGAAAAGUAAGUUCCUCGAGCAGUGUUGCUGGAAUAGAAGAUAGAACCAUCACACUUAUGGUACCAUCAAAAUAUGGAAAAGAUGCAAAGAAGUCUUUUACUUUCAACAGUGUCUUUGGUCCCCUGGCCACACAAGAGGAGGUCUUUACAGACAUGCAACCUUUGGUCCGUUCUGUUCUUGAUGGCUUCAAUGUUUGUAUAUUUGCAUAUGGUCAAACUGGAUCGGGAAAGACCUUUACAAUGAUGAUGGAGAUCUACAACGAGCAAGUGAGAGAUCUCCUUCAGAAUGAAACAUUGGAAAUUCGAAAUAAUUCUCAAAAAGGAAUUGCAGUUCCAGAUGCAAAUGUGGUUCCAGUCACAUCGACCUCUGAUGUAAUUGACUUGAUGAAUCUUGGCCAAAAGAAUCGUGCAGUUUGCUCAACUGCCAUGAAUGACCGAAGUAGUCGCUCCCAUAGCUGUCUGACUGUUCAUGUUCAAGGGCGAGAUUUAUCAUCUGGAACAGUCCUAAGAGGUUGCAUGCAUCUUGUGGAUCUAGCUGGGAGUGAAAGAGUUGAUAAAUCUGAAGUGGUAGGAGAUAGAUUAAAGGAGGCACAGCACAUAAACAAGUCACUGGCUGCACUAGGCGAUGUAAUUGCAGCCCUAGCCCAGAAAAGCACACAUGUUCCUUACAGAAAUAGUAAACUUACUCAACUAUUACAAGACUCACUUGGAGGACAAGCGAAGACAUUGAUGUUUAUUCACAUAGCUCCAGAACCAGAUGCUGUUAGUGAGUCCAUAAGUACUUUGAAGUUUGCCGAGCGUGUUGCCACUAUUGAGCUUGGAGCAGCCAAAUCAAACAAGGAAGGAGGAGAGGUCAGAGAGCUCAAAGAACAGAUUGCUUGCCUCAGGGCAGCAUUAGCUAGGAAAGAUGGAGAUCAUGAGAGCAUACUAAGCACUCAAUCAAGUCCAGACAUAUAUAGAAUGAGAACAGGUAAUGCAUCACCUGCAUCGAGGCACCCAAUAGAAGAUGGAAGUAUAGAGAACGACUCAGCAUUGGGAGAUUUGGCUGAGCACUCACAGUUCGGGAGCAGCAAUUCCCUGCCAGAGUUGGGACCUGAUGGCACACAAGAUCUUGCCUUCUACCAAAGAAGCAGCCCUGAACAGCAAUGGAGCUGGUCUGGGUCUGUUGGAACAGAGGAUUCCGAUGAUUUCGAGGUUGCAACUAAUUGUUCGUCAGAGCUAGAUUGUGUGAGACCAUCUAGUGCCCCAAAAGCUUCAGGUUUAACAAAUGGAGGGGGCUCAGCUGCAAGAAAGACCCAACUCAAAGGUGCAAAAAGUUCAGACCUUAGAGUGAAUCCUGCAAAAAGGUCAUCGCCAUUACAGAAAAAGCUGAGUGCACCCUCACCAACGCUAAUCAAGAAGAGCGGUGCUGAAGGAAAGAAAACUCCAAAUGGUAAAACAGGAACCAAGAAGUAA